AUGGCUAAGGAAAUAUUGUUGGGAAAUGGACAGAAAAUUCCCCAGAUUGGACUGGGAACAUCCAGGAUCCCAAGAGAUAUUUUAGAAGACACCAUUUGCCUGGCGAUUAAGAAAGGAUAUCGUCAUUUUGAUACCGCAUUUGCUUACUAUAAUGAAGUCGAGAUAGGAAACGCCCUGAAAACGAAGUUUGCAGACGGUUCUGUGAAAAGGGAGGAUGUGUUUAUCACGUCAAAGUUGGACAACCAGUACCAAGCUGAGGAAGACGUGUGUCCCGCCUGUACUGAGAGUCUCCGCCGUCUACAACUCGACUACAUCGAUCUAUUUCUGAUCCACUGGCCUUUAUCUCGCCAGAACCCGGGAUAUUUUUCUACGAAACCUGUUGCAACAGAUUACCUGGAACGAGACUUGAAGACAACAUGGCGAGCCAUGGAGGAAUUGGUGUUUGCAGGAAAGGCAAAAUCGAUAGGCCUGUCUAAUUUCAACUCACAACAAAUUGAGUACAUUUGCGACGGGGCAAGAAUUAAACCAGUUAUCAAUCAGGUCGAACUUAACGUUCGUUUCCCACAGUACCAACUCCAGCGGUUCUGUGAAGAACGAAACAUCUUUCUGACCGCGUACGCCCCUAUGGGUGCCCCUGGCCACCCUCAAUCACUGCCGAGAUACACCGAGGAUAAAGUAGCCUUACUGAAAGAUCCUGUCAUUCUCAAACUAGCAACAAAAUACGGAAAAAAUCCAGGCCAGAUUUUACUCAAAAGUCUAGUAGACAGAAAUAUAAUCGCGAUUCCGAUGUCAACCAAUCCUGACCGACUUACCUCCAAUUUACAGGUGUACGAUUUUGAACUAAGCGUUGAAGACAUUCGACUUAUAUCAAGUUUAGAGGACGAGACACGACACUUUUGGCAACAAAAGAAUGAAGACCAUCCAGAUUAUCCUUUCGGGAUACAUUUUUGA